AUGAUUGCGAUCAAGUCGGCUCAACGCCUUCCUCGUGGUCUAAACGUCGAAUGGACAGACGGAAUGCGAGCAAAAUUCAGUAACGUCUGGUUGCGUAAUAACUCUUACUAUGCUGGCCAGCGACUCAUAACCUUGUCUUACCACGACAAGAAAGUCGAUUUGUCUGGCAACUGUGUUUCACUCGAAUGGCCACCGUUUCUUCGAGCCGACUUUCCAAGUGAAUUCCUGCGUUCACAUAGCCGUGUACAACCGGGAACUAACCUUUGCAAAAAUCCUAACAAACAGAUUUUGACGAAACCGUGGCGAAUUCAGCAACGGCCGUGCUCCAUGAUCAGCGUCAUAUUGGUGCAAUGA